UGUUCAAAGAUACUCAAGGAAUGUGCUUCUCUCAUUUUCUUUUGAAGAUCGGAGAAAUUGGAGAAAUUGAAGAUAUUCAUGAUUUCGUAGUUUUCACCGUUAGGAAUGAUGAUUUUGUUCAUUCUUUUCCUCUUCCUUAUUCAAAGCGAGGCAAUCACUAUACCUGAAUCUCCACUUCCCACACCUGCUUCAAGCCUGCCAGUCCAAUUGAGAGCCCGUCAAACGACGUCGUUUGGUACACUUUGUGGAUAUUCAAAUGGCGACAUCGAAAUUCCUCGGACAGCUGAACCCGGAUAUGCUUGUCGCGAAAAUACUAUCGAUAAUUUAUGGGGAUUUUGCCCAAACACUAUAGCUGAAGCUACCAAUUGUGAUUUUGUUGGCUACUGUGUCGACGAUGGCACUUGCUCUGACGGUUGUGGGAGAUCUAGUUUGACACAAAUUCAUUGUACAAACGCGAUGCCUUAUUGCUCAACAGCUUUAUUGGUUUCCGAAGAACAAACAUAUACAUAUCUCACAUGUGCGACAUCGCCAACCACUAACUUUUAUCUGGCCAAUCCAACAAGCAGUUCUGUGUCGACAGUUUCGUCGGCUUCCGGAUCACAACUACCAACGACACAAUAUUACUCUACAAUUGUUGUCGCAACGUCCUCAUCAGCUCCUGGUACGCAGUCGACUAGUGCGCAGUCAACUAGUGCGCAGUCAACUAGUGCGCAGUCAACUAGUGCGAAAGCCUCACCAAACAAUGUUGGAGCCAUAGUUGGAGGAGUCCUUGGAGGCCUUGCUCUUAUUUUCCUUAUCGUUAUUGCUCUGAUCUUCUUGAAACGAUAUAAACCAUCAAAUUCACUGAAAGGCGAGAAAGAUAUCAAUGGGGAAUCAAUAGCCUUUACAGGACCUGUUGCCGACAAUAGCGGAUUGCACGAACUUUACGAUUAUAGAAAAGAGGCUAGGGAGCUUGAUUCUACCACCUCGGCAAUGAAAGAAAAUUCAGAUUUGAAGUCCGGAGUCUUGAAUGGGAAUGAGACAACGAGAAGAAAUACUGCUGCGGUAGAAUUGGAUAUAGCGCCUUGAUGCGUUCAAAUAAAUCACAUGUGUUAUAGAUCUGAAACUAUUCCUCAAAUGACAAUCAUCUGGCGACAUUAUCUCUGAUUUGGCCAUUUCUUAUGCAAGUGAGGUAUAUCGCUCGCAGAACAGUCAUCGAACGGAUAUAGAUCGAGGCAUGUUGAUAAUGUUAUUGUCCCCUAGAGCUAGAAGCAGCGGAACAAAGCGAUGGCGACAUACCUGCUUUAAGCAAUUUAGGAGUCCGCAGCCAGUAAGUCAAACCAUCAAGAAUUCUACCUGCUGGAAGAACUAUUGGUGAUCGAUAAACCACAUUGAAUCCAUCCAUCGAAAUGUUGAUAAUGUCGACGUUAACGUUGAACUUUUCACAAAAUGCUCGGGUUACGCAGAGGUGGACGGACCUCUCGAAGUGCACCAUUAAUUUGAUUGGACAAUAUGUCAAGAUGCACGUGAUUUAGCAUUCUUUUGUUGCAUGUCGUGAUUCUGGGAGAAGUUUUGCGAAGGAUUCCCAAAACCGCCGAAAGGUUUCCUCCCAAAUACCCGGGAUUCCCAAGACCGCCAGAAACAAUUCUACAUCCCCAUCAAUAAAUACUUCACACAAUUUGGUCCGCAAUGAUUCGAUUGACAUGUUUAAUAACUCUUAAUCCAACACCUACUAGGUAGGUAUU